UUUACCCGUAGCUGUCUUAAGAAUCUCCUUCUUGAUUGCGGUAGGAAACCCCCUCUUCUUCCGUUCUUAGAUUCUAGAUUCUCUUCUUUACAAAAUGGAACUCGAUUUGGUGACUAAAGACACGAGUUGGUGGGUGUACACCCUUCCAGCAUUUCUAGGUUCCGAAAUUCUAAUAGAUGGAUAUGUUUUGUUCUCUCUUGUGUUGGCCUUUGUGACACUAGCUAUUCUUACAUGGGCUUUCGCUGUUGGUGGUGUUGCAUGGAAAAAUGGAAGAAACCGAAAAGGUCACCGCCUCAUUCCUGGACCUCGAGGCUUACCCGUCUUCGGUAGCCUUCUCACCUUGUGCCGUGGCCUAGCUCACCGCACUCUAGCUUCCAUGGCUUGUAGCCGAGACAACACUCAGCUCAUGGCUUUUAGCCUCGGCUCCACCCCUGUUGUUGUGGCUUCUGACCCUCAUACUGCCCGAGAGAUCUUGACCUCCAUCCACUUUGCUGACCGGCCCAUUAAACUGUCGGCUAAGAGUCUCAUGUUUAGCCGGGCCAUAGGCUUUGCGCCGAGUGGCACUUACUGGCGGCUUCUAAGGAGAAUAGCUUCCGGACACUUGUUUUCCCCGCGGCGUAUUGCAGCCCAUGAAUCCCUCCGACAGCUAGAAUGCUCAACCAUGUUGCGUGACAUAACCAACGAACAAGAACUAAACGGUUUUGUUUGUCUAAGAAAACACCUACAGUUUGCCUCCUUGAAUAACAUCAUGGGAAGUGUUUUUGGAAAGAGGUACGACAUGGAGCACGAUAGUCAAGACCUUGAGGAGCUUAGAGGCAUGGUUCGAGAAGGGUUUGAGCUGUUGGGUGCAUUCAAUUGGUGUGACUAUCUGCCAUGGCUCAGCUAUUUGUAUGACCCAUUUCGUAUAAAUGAACGUUGCUUGAAACUCGUUCCUAGAGUUAGGAAACUCGUCAAGGGCAUCAUUGAAGAGCACAAAAUCAGCGAGUCAAGAAAAGUUGGCGACAGUUGUGAUUUUGUUGAUGUUUUACUGUCUUUGGAUGGUGAAGAGAAGCUCCAAGACGAUGACAUGGUCGCGGUCUUAUGGGAAAUGAUUUUUAGAGGGACAGAUACAACUGCUCUGUUAACGGAGUGGGUUAUCGCAGAGUUGGUCUUGCACCCAGAAAUUCAAGAAAAGCUUCAUAGUGAGCUAGACAUGGCCGUGAAAGACGGAAGCUUGGCUGUCUUGACAGAUGCUGACGUAGAAAAAUUGCCUUAUUUGCAGGCAGUGGUGAAGGAGACUCUACGGGUCCACCCACCGGGUCCGCUAUUGUCCUGGGCCAGGCUGUCCACGUCAGACGUCCAGCUCAACAAUGGAAUGGUCAUCCCUGCCAACACUACUGCCAUGGUCAACAUGUGGGCCAUCACUCAUGACCCUAACGUGUGGGAAGACCCGUUGGAGUUCAAGCCAGAGAGAUUCAUAGAAGCUGACGUGGAUGUGAGGGGUAAUGAUCUGAGGCUUGCACCCUUUGGGGCGGGACGGAGGGUGUGCCCUGGCAAGAAGUUAGGGUUAGUGACUGUGACACUUUGGGUGGCCAAGUUAGUGCACUGUUUCAAGUGGAAUCAAGAUGUGGAUCACCCAGUUGACCUAAGUGAAGUCCUGAAGCUGUCUUGUGAGAUGAAGUACCCCCUCCACGCCGUGGCUGUGGAAAGGAAAUAAGUCAAGGUCUGUAGGGUUUUUAUUGGUUAUAGGGUCUGUUGUUUGUUGCUUUUCCUAUACUAAUUUUCCUUUUCAUCUACCAUAUAUCCUCCGCAAUAUGGCUGGUUUGGUAUUUCAUAGCGCCAUUGGAAGGGCUCCAAUUUUGUUAUUGUCUUUAGAACUAGGAGUCUUUCUUGUACGUGUAUCAUUAUGGUUUUUACUACCCGCUUAAUUUGGUGUUUCUUGUAUUAUCACUCCCCAACUGUUUUGAAUGACAAGGGCUCCGAACGUCCGAUGCUUA